CACUCAUCUUCGAGUGGGCUCUCCAGAUUCCGAAAAGCUCAAGGAAACGUUUCUCGGCUCUAUGAACUUGCAUUGAAGUUCAAUCCUCAUAACUGGAGGACUUUUGCUCCCGCAUCUUCGAUGCCAAGUGCAUGGGAUGCUUCAGCCGGCGAUAGACUGCGCAACUCAGAGGCGGAAUUCUAUAUUAAUUUCGGAGAAGACGGUCACACUGACCAUUCAGCUUCUGAAAAGUCCAAAUCUCAAGCUCAAUCACAAUCACAAUGCCAACUGUCUGUCGAGGUUGUGACCUCCGCACUCUUUUGGCCCUCGGUUGCAACUCUCUUCCCCGCAUGGGGCCACAGGGCCCUCUGACUCGAGUGCUGAUAUAACGAAUGAACGGGAGGUCGUUCUUCAUUGAAAUUCGCUCUCAAGAGCUUAUAGCAAGCACCAGUGACUAUCCUUGUUUUAUACAAGUUCAACAUGGUUGUCGAUACGAACGAUUUCCCCGGGCUGCCACCUUUCCCGAGUGACAUACCAACCGCUCCCCUACUGCGUCUAUCUCUCCAGAAGCUGCUUGCGCGUGACGCGAACGAGGUCAAGAAGCUGAUGCAAGCAUGUGAAGAUCUAGGGUUUUUCUACCUCAACCUCCGAGGCUCCGAAGAGGGCCGUGACAUCCUCAAUGAUGCGGACAAGCUGUUCCAAACAGGCGAGAACCUCUUGAAUCUCAGUCUGGAGGAGAAACUACAAUACGACUUUAGCAACCAGAACUCCUACCACGGCUAUAAAGCACAGGGUGCAGCGGUCGUCGAUCGUCAAGGGAAUCUUGACCGGAAUGAGUUUUACAAUGUCUCGAAGAACGAUAUCCUAGGCAUCAAACCACCACUGCCAGCCCCAGCAAUCCUCCGUCAAGCUCGUCUAACUCUCGAAUCAUUCAUCCGCACCUCCCACUCAAUCGUCACGCUGAUCCUCACCCUCCUAAACGACAGCCUAGGCCUCCCACCCUCAACUCUACCAAACCUCCACCGUCUCAACGCCCUCAGCGGCGACCAAGUCCGCUUCAUCAAAGCGCCACCCCAGCCCGCGGACGACAGACGCACCGCACUAGGCGAACACACCGACUUCGGCAGCAUCACGAUCCUUUUCAACCGUCUCGGCGGGCUGCAGGUUCUCCCGCCCGGCGCAGACGCGCAAUGGGUCUACGUCCGGCCACUCCCGGGCCACGCGAUCGUCAACCUCGGAGACGCAAUGGUCAAGUUUACGAAUGGACUGUUCCGCUCGAACAUCCACCGCGUGGCGGCGCCGCCUGGCCAGCAGGCUGAUUGGACUCGGUAUAGCCUUGUCUACUUCUCCCGGCCGGAGGAUGAUGUCGUCCUCAAGCGGUUGGAAGGGUCGGAUCGGAUUCCGGAGCUGAGAGAAGGUGAUGUCGAGGAAGAAGUCAAUAGCAAGGAUUGGAUCAUCCGUCGCGCGUUGGGGAAGAGGGUCGAUUUGGGGGAGGUUGACUUUGAGAAGUCGGCAGGGACGGAGCAGUUGAGUCGGAGGAUAAAGGUGUAAUGGUGUUCUUUCUGUGGAUUUUUGAUUGAAUGCGCAGGGUAUGUAGUGAUAGUAAGGGGACAUAAAAAUGUGUUCAGUGC